UUGUUCAUGGCGUCGUUGUAUUUGUGUUUUGCUAUUGGAAUAUGGCGCUGUCGUUCUUGGUGUAUUGCUUCUGGAAUAUGUCGCUAUCGUUCUUGGUGUGUUGCUUCUGGAAUACGUCGUCGAUUUUGUGUCGUAGUUUUUGGUGUUUUCAUUACUGGGGUCGCUCGUCGUUACUGA